UACUUCUCUCUCUUCUUCCUCCCUUGAGCUGCUUUUUGUUCCUUUUCCCUGUCUGUCUUAUUUUUAUUUUAAAGCUCGCUGAAGGCAGGCCAGGAUGGCGGAGCUGGAGGGCCUGGAGUUCGGGAAGUCGGACUUCGUGCUCCUGGAUGAGGUGACGAUGGAGCAGUUUAUGGAGAACCUGAAGUUGAGGUUUGAGAAGGGACGUAUCUACACCUACAUUGGAGAAGUAGUCGUCUCUGUGAACCCGUACACUCAGAUGGACAUUUACGGUAAAGACACCAUCGAUGCAUACCGGGGUCGGGAGCUGUAUGAAAACCCUCCUCACCUGUACGCUGUGUCUGAUGCUGCAUACAAAGCCAUGAAGAGACGAGCCAAAGACACCUGCAUCGUCAUAUCAGGGGAGAGCGGAGCAGGAAAAACAGAAGCUAGUAAAUUUAUCAUGCAGUACAUCGCUGCCAUCACAAACCCAAGCCAGAGGGCGGAGGUUGAGAGCGUGAAGAACGUGCUGCUCAAGUCCAACUGUGUGCUGGAGGCCUUUGGGAACGCCAAGACGAAUCGCAACGACAACUCCAGCCGCUUCGGCAAGUACAUGGACAUCAACUUCAACUUCAACGGCGAUCCCACCGGAGGACACAUCAACAACUACCUGCUGGAGAAGUCCAGGGUGGUCCAGCAGCAAGACGGGGAGAGGAACUUCCACUCAUUUUACCAGUUGCUGCGUGGCGGCUCAGAUGAGUUGUUGGAAUCGCUUCACCUGCAGAAUGAUCCGGCUGUUUACACAUAUACAAGAGAGGGAGCUGUAACCACUACCUCCAACAAUGAUCGCUCGAGCCACAAAGCAGUGAUGAGCGCGCUGGGUGUGAUCGGCUUCUCAAAGGAGGAGAUCAACUCCAUUUAUCAGAUCCUGGCCUCCAUUCUGCUGCUGGGUAAUUUGCAGUUCGAGAGUGACGGUGAGAUCGUUCAGAUCGUGGGACUUGAGGCCGUCGAACACAUCUCUGAAUUGACCGAAACGGACUCGGAAAGCGUCAGCAAGAGCCUGCUGUACCGCACUGUGGCCACCGGGGGCGGCGAGGUCAUCGAGAAGGGACACACGGAGCACGAGGCGAGCUUCGGACGAGACGCUUUCGUCAAGGCUCUAUAUGAGAGACUUUUUGGUUGGAUCGUAGGCCGAAUCAACAGUGUCAUAGAAGUAAAGGACUACAACCCAGUGCUUCAUGGGAAGAACACAGUCAUUGGCGUGCUGGACAUCUACGGCUUUGAGAUCUUUGACAACAACAGUUUCGAACAGUUCUGCAUCAACUACUGCAACGAGAAGCUGCAGCAGCUCUUCAUCGAGGUCAUCCUCAGACAGGAACAAGACGAGUACCAGAGAGAGGGCAUCACCUGGCAACAUAUUGAUUACUUCAACAACCAGAUCAUCGUGGAUCUUGUGGAGCAGCCCCACAAAGGCAUCAUCUCCAUUCUGGAUGAAGCUUGCCUCUCCGUCGGUAAAGUCACCGACACAGUCUGCCUGGACAGCAUGGACAUCAAACUGGCCCAGCACCCCCACUAUACCUCCCGCAAGCUCAGCCCAACAGACAAAACCAUGGACUUCCAGAAACACUUCCGUAUCCGCCACUAUGCUGGAGACGUCACAUAUUCCGUUGAGGGGUUCUUGGACAAAAACAAGGACAUGCUUUUCCAGGAUUUCAAGCGUCUCAUGUACAACAGUGCCAACCCGGUCCUGAAGGAGAUGUGGCCAGAUGGUCAGCUGAGCAUCACCGAGGUCACCAAGAGGCCUCUGACCGCCGCCACCCUCUUCAAGAACUCCAUCGUGGCCCUCGUCGACAAACUGGCCUGCAAGGAGCCGUACUAUGUGCGCUGCAUAAAGCCCAACGAGAUGAAGUCCCCCGUGCUGUUCGACGACGCCCGCUGCCAGCACCAGGUGGCCUACCUCGGCUUGAUGGAGAACGUGAUGGUGCGCAGGGCGGGCUUCGCCUACAGGCAGCCUUACCUCCGCUUCCUGCAGCGAUACAAGAUGACGUGCGAGUACACCUGGCCAAACCACCUGAUGGCCACGGACAGAGAGGCCGUCGAGGCCAUCGUCACCCAGCACGGUUUCCAGGGCGACGUGGAGUACGGACACACCAAGCUGUUCGUGCGGACGCCGCGCUCCCUCUACACCCUGGAGCAGGAGCGAGCCACCCUCAUCCCCAUCCUGGUGCUUUUCCUGCAGAAGGUGUGGCGGGGGGCUUUAGGUCGCAUGAGGUGCAGAAGGAUGAGGGCCAUCUAUGCCAUCAUGGGCUGCUACAAGCGCUACAAGGUGAAGGCCCACUUCUGGGAGGUGGAGCGGAGGUUUGCUAAUGUGCGAACCAUGGCCGACUACGGGAAGAGCGUGGACUGGCCGACCCCGCCUGCAGCUCUGUCCCAGUUUCACAACAUCACAGUCAUGCUGCAUCGCAGGUGGUGGGCGAGGCAGAUCGUGAAGAACAUCCCUCCGUCUGACACGCUGGAGGUGCGAGCCAAAGUGGCGGCUCUGACUGCUCUGAGCGGAGAGAGGAAAGACUGGGGAGUCAGCAGAGCCUGGGAGAGGGACUACCUCGCCAAUGUGCGAGACAGCCCUGAGACCAGCCCGGGCUUCGUCCGUAUUUCCAAGGAGCUGAGGAACAAAGACGAGUACUCUCAGGUCCUCUUCUCGGGCUUCUGCAGAAAGGUGAAUAGAUUCAACAAAAGCACAGACCGAGGCCUGCUCGUCACAGACAAGUACGUCUACAAAUUGGAGCCAAAGAAACAGAACAAGGUUUUGAAGAGGCUUCCUUUGGACGCUUUCACAGGACUGAGUGUGACCAGCGGGGUUGACCAGAUGGUGGCGCUACACACGUCCGCUCAGGAUGACGUGCUGCUGUGUCUGCAGCGAGGGCAGCUGUGCCCCAACCAGGACCGAGUGGGGGAGCUGGUGGGAGCCAUCGUGGACCACUUCACACGAAUCAGAAAGGUCCCGUUUCCUGUGAAGGUUUGUCCUUCAGCCGUGCAGGUCCACAUGCGAGGAAAACCAAAGAGCGUCACGGUGGAAACCAAACCGGGCCAGGCCAACUCCGAUUUCAAGAAGGCUCGAGAUGGUUUCAUCCUCUUCGUCCCGGCUAACUAACGACUAAAACCACCAACAGCAGUCUGACCCGAGGACCUGAACUGAGCUGCAUUUAUACAAGAAUGUAAAUCUAUUAAUGCAAGACAAAGCUUUUGAAGUUAGCUGUACAUUAACAUGAAGUGUUUCGAUAUAUUUCUCAAAGGUUUUAAAAGUGUUAACAGAAACAGAGUUUCUGGAAGAGUCUGCUUUCUUCAUCCUGAGCUUCAGGAAGACAUUUUGCACUGGACAUUUAAACUUAUCUUCAUUUUUGGAGGCAAAUUUUGAGAAAUGAAAAUGUUUAUUAUGUUUGUGUUGAGACUCAAGGCGAAGUACCUUAAAGUAUGAAAGGUAUGAUGCUGUUUCUAAAUUUGCUGUAGCUGCAAAAAAAAUAGUUAAAGGAGCAAUAUGUAACUCUGACACCUAGUGUUUAAAAUAUGAACUGCAGCCACAAUUCAUAAGACGUGAGAGAGCUGUCUCCUCCCGCCCCCUCCUCGUUAGAGUCGAUGUGCGUGCAGGUUGCCAUGUUGAAGACACUGAACCUUCAGUGUUUAGCCAGCUCUGCAUCGGACUUGAAACCUUUCUAACCUCUCUCCAUUUUUAAAAAGCAUUUUCAGUAUUAAUCCUAAUUUGAGCACGUUUCUGCUCGUAGAGUUUAUUAGAAACACUUUUUAGGUCUUUCUGAACCAGUUCCCUUGCCCGCUUUCGUCGCUGCAACACCUGUUGGUUUGACCUGAUAACUGGUCUCAUAUCUGGCAAACCGAGGGGCGUCCAAAACAGACAUG